UUUACUACAUGUAGCCUAUAAGAAGUUCUUAAGUUUCUCAACUAACAGAAGAGUUUUUUCCUCCAAGGAACCUAUUUAUGGAUUGUUUUGCGGUGGAUCUUCAGGUGGACCAUCUCCCAGACUUCUCAUGAGAGGGGAGUGAAUUCUCGGACCCCUCUCUGGCCCUACGUCUUCUCAGGUGGGAGAUGUCUGAGGAAAAUCUGGGGGAAGAGUCGGGAAGCUCCCCCGUCUCUCCUGUGGACAGCCUGAGCAACAGCGAGGGGGAGCCGGACAGGCAGCCGAAGAGAGGCGGCGGGAGGAAGCGGAGGACGAGCAGGAAAAGCGGGGACGACUCGGACAGCCCGACACCGGGGAAAAGAGGGAAGAAGUCCGGCAGCAGCAGUCCCCAGUCCUUCGAGGAGCUCCAGUCGCAGCGGGUGAUGGCCAACGUCCGGGAGCGACAGAGGACCCAGUCCCUAAACGAGGCGUUCGCGGCCCUGCGGAAGAUUAUCCCCACGCUGCCCUCGGACAAACUGAGCAAAAUACAAACCUUAAAACUCGCUGCCAGGUACAUCGACUUCCUCUGCCAGGUGUUGCAGAGCGACGAGCUGGACUCCAAGAUGUCAAGCUGCAGCUAUGUGGCUCAUGAGAGGCUGAGCUAUGCCUUCUCCGUGUGGAGGAUGGAGGGAGCUUGGUCCAUGUCUACAUCUCACUAACAUCUGGAGACUUUUUAUUAUUAUUAUUAUUAUUCCUUUUGCCCAAAAUGGUGACUGCUGAAUCUAUGAAAUUCUGAAGGGAUAUUCUGGAGGAGUCCAAUGCUGGAAACAUGGGAUCAACCAAACCAAAGACGACUCUGUGGCUCUGCAUGCAUGAGGACUGUGUGUGUAUAUAUAUAUAUAUAU